GCCAGCACGUCUAGCCAGCUCCAAGUGCCACGACUUCACAGUAGUCCAGCGAUUGCCCAGCGGAGUUAGGGGGAGACAUCUGGGGGGAAAGCAACUAAGCUAGACCGCUGCAAAUACCCUACAAAAGCGGUACCAUCUUCACCUGAAAGCUACCUUCCAUCACCCACUUUUCUUACAUCCGAGCAGACAACAUUCUCAUCCUUAGCGAGGUGAACAAAAACAUUGAACAAUGGAUAUCUACGACCCUCAGACUCUCGGGAUUAUGGUUUUUGGUGGAUUCAUGGUGAUCUCUGUAAUUGGGAUUGCUCUUGUCUCCACCUUCUCUAUGAAGGAGACCUCUUAUGAAGAGGUACUGGCUAAACAGCGUAAGGAGUUAGGUAAGAUACAGUCAUCUCGUACGGACAAAAAGAAGAAAGAUAAAACGGCUGACAAAAAGAACCGUGCAAAGAAGAAGGAUGAAAAACCCAAUGGAAUGAUCCCGGAAUCAGAAAAAACAGAUGAGAUUAGUGAAGCUGAUCUAGUCCCUGAACCUGUUGCUGCCCCAAUUGUGGCCGCUGCUCCUGUUCCUGCCCCCAAAUCUGUCCCAGCUACUGAGGUGAAACCAACUGAAAUCCCUGCACCCGCAGACCCACAGCCCAAAGCUGCGGAACCAACCCCACCUCUUGCUGAGCCCUCACCUGCACCUUCACCUAAAGACAAAAAAAAAAAGAAGAAGUCUAGUCCACUUGCUGCAGCCCCAGCGCCAGUCAAACUCUCAGCAGCUCCUGCUCCAAUCCAGGCCAAGAAAUCUGCCCCAACUAAAGCAGUUGCCCCAUCUUCUGCAUCUGGUCCAGCCCCUGUUGCAACUAAAUCCUCCCCUGUCUCUACUUCAAACAAAUCUGCUUCUUCCACUUCCAAGUCUUCCCCUCCUUCAACCAAGUCUGCACCUGCAUCGGCUAAUUCUGUGCCUGCCCCAGCCAAGUCUGCGCCUGCCCCAGCCAAGUCUGCGCCUGCCCCGGCCAAGUCUGCCCCUACCUCGGUGAAGCCCGCCCCUCCCUCUGGGAAGACCCCCUCAGUCCCAUCCAAGUCUUCUGCGGUCACAGCUAAGGCCUCAGCAGCACCAACCAAGUCUUCAGGACCUACCAAGUCUGCCCCGCUACUAGAAGCUGUCACUAAAGAUGUUCCCGUCAUGGCUGUGCCCCCGGUGGGAUUGCAGCAGACCAUCGCUCCUGCACCAAAAACUCAGGAGCCCAAGAAGAAGGCCUCCAAGAAAAAGUCAGAGACUGUGGCAGCAGUGAAUCCAUCCGAGGCACCACUGCACCUGCCCUACAAGGUUUUAGUGUCCACUGUCAGUAGCAUGGUGUUCAGUGAGGCAGAAGCCCACAGGCUCAUCGAGAUGCUGUCUGAGAAAGUUGGCAUCAUCCAGGAUACUUGGCACAAGGCCACUCAGAAAGGAGACCCGGUGGCCAUGUUGAAGAAACAACUAGAGGAGAAGGAGAAACAACUGGCGGCCGAACAAGAGGACUCUUCUGCAGCAAAGAACCGUGUGAGAGAUCUCACAAAGGAGCUUUCGGCUGAGAAGUCCAAGGUGGCUAGUGUGGAGACUAGGCUGAGUUCCCAGCUAAGCAAGAGGGAGCAGGAAAUGAUUGCUCUGCAAGCUCGCAUGCAGGCCAGCUACCAGGACCAUGUAGCCCAAACACAGAAGCUCAAUGCAAAAAUUCUCGGCCUGCAGGACCAACUUGAAAAGGGUCCCAAUGCCCAGCUGGCCCGUCUCCAGCAGGAGAACUCUAUUCUCCGCGACGCCCUCAACCAAGCCACUAGUCAGGCUGAGAGCAAACAAAAUGCAGAGCUAGCCAAACUGCAUCAGGAAUGUGGAAAACUAACCAAGGAGCUUGGAGAGAAGAGUGAAAUUCUGCACACCAAUGAACACAUGAAGAAAAGCUUGGAGGCUAAAGUCUCUGCCACUGAGAAGCAGCUCUCCGCUUUACAGGCCAGUCAUGCAGAGAGCGAGCAAGUGUUGCAGAGGAAACUAGAGGAGGUGUGUGAGGAGAUGAGAACAACACAGACUCUAAACAUCAACCUGCAAGACUCUUUGAAAAAAGCCCAGCAGGACAGCAGCACACUCUCAGAAUUUCAGGUACAAAUUGGCCACCUGGAGACGGAGGUCAAGGAGCGCUCUGCUCAGGUGGACGCUCUCAAUGCUCAGCUGCAGGAAUCACAAGUUGAGAAACAACAGCUUGUGCAGCAGUUGACAUCCAUCAACUCAUUACUGGAGGCCAGUCAGAAUAAAAAAGAGCAGGAUCAUGACCAGGCAAAUGCUACAGAACUACAACAGUUAAAGCUCAGUCUGCAGGAGAGGGACAGCCAGUUGAACACGCUCCACGACGAGCUAAAGCAAUUGCUAAUGAAAAAGGAGGCUGCUGAGAACACGAUUUCUGAGUUGGAGCAGCGGAAUAAAAGUGAGGAUUCCAGCCUUAUCGCCUCGCUUCAAGACGAACUUAGAAACCUCAAAGAAGAGACCGUACAACUUAAGAACACAGCACAAUCAAUUGGCUCCAUAGAGCAAAUAAAGAGCAGUCUGACAGAGAAGGAGGUUCUUGUUGCGUCACUACAAGAUCAGCUGAGGGAAGCCAAGCAAAAUGAAGCUGUUACAGCCCAGAUGGCAGCUUUUCAAAGUGAAACCAAAGAAUCUCUGCAAAAACUCUUCCCACUUGUACCCUUAGAGACCGAACAGCCAAAUUGGUUACAAGCCUUUACGCAGAAAGCUCAAGAGGUUCUCAGCCAGCAGCAGAGCCAACAAUCUCAUUCAAGUCAAACAUCACCAGAGUUGCUUGAAAAGAUGGAGACUGAUGAGACCCGCAGCUCCCUGCAAGCUGAUUGUGAACAGUACAGGACAGUUUUGGCUGAAACGGAAGGAAUGCUGAAACAUCUGCAAAAGAGUGUAGAAGAGGAGGAGCUGGUGUGGAAGUCAAAGAUGGCUAGCUCAGAGGAGCAGCUGAGAGCAGCUUUGGAAAAGGUCCACAUGAUGGAGUCAGAAAAACAAAGUAUAGAGCAGCUGAAAGAGCAGAUGCUGCUUCUGGAAGCACAGCUGGAGAAGCAGUCAGACAACCAUUGCAUCGCCGAGGAGAUGGAACAGUUAAAGCUGCAGCUGUCUGUGAGUCAGAGCCAGCUGGGCUUGGCCCACAAGGAGGCCCAGGCGCACAAGGAGGAGCUUUUAAAGGUCAAAGAGCAACUGAGCCCAAUCACCAUGAGUGGUCAGCGAGAACAGAAUGGCCCCACUGAGGCUCACCCCAGUCAGGCCCAGGCGACUAUCACAGAACUUCAGGCUCAGCUAGAUCUACUUAAGGUUUCUGCGGAGUCGCCAGAGGGCAACACAGAAGAUGUCGUCCAGCUCAAGGAGCGGUUGGAGAAAGAGAAGAAGUUGUCCAAAGAUCUUGGCCAGGCAGCCACCAAACUCCAGCAACUUCUCAAAGCGACUCAGGAGCAGCUGACCAAAGAGAGGGAGACGGUGAAAACACUACAGGAGCACCAGGAUGACAAGGGAGAGCUUGCGGGCUUGAAGGAGGGAACGUCCGUCUGACAGGAAGUUCACCACGCUUGACACCAAAACCAAAUAUGCCUUACAGUUAUCAUAGUUAUGCAUUCCAAAAUUUUUAUUUCUUUCUUGUACUGUAGUUAAUUGCAUUUGUUUUGCAACGCUAAUAAUCAAAUGUUGGAUAUGAACAUUUUAUGGUAAGAUUAGUGGAGGUAAUCCUGCUGCAAUCUUGACUGAAACCCGCAUUCCAUCAACAAUUCUGGCUAUGUCAGAUGAUGUUUAUGCCCCCCUUCGCCUUAUAACCCAAACAUUUCCUCAUGGUUCAGUGUUAAAAGGGAAACCGAUUGUACGUCAAACGUACAUCAACUUGUGCAAUUACUUUGUAUGUUUUUUUUAAAUGUGGUUGAUUGAUGGGAACACUUUACGGUGACACUACAAGGCCUUUGGGCUUCCCUCCAUAGCGGGACAGCAGCUCGCAUUUGAGUUUGUAUGAAUGAAUAAACUACAGUGUAACUACA